AUGUGGAUAGCGAUAGGCGGGACAUCCGACGUGACAGCACGGUUCAGAGUCGAGCUGUCAAGUUCUGGGGUGAGGGACCAGGUGUCCCGCAUCUCGGCUGCAAGUUUGGACCGCUGCCUCGAAAGAGCGUCCAAAUUUGUAAGUGACCCGGGGUCCGUCCUGCAGAGGACCAUCGACUACGCCGCUGAGGCGUUUGUUGCUUCCAUUCAAUCGGCUCUGGCCGUGAAGGCCGAGCUGGAUGGGAGGGAAGCUCUGGCAGCAAGGGAGAAGGAGGAGUUCUCUGCUGCCUUGGAGGCUGCCUCUUCCACCAUGAAGGAUGAGCUGCUGAAAGCUCACUCUGAGGUGGAAAUUUUGAAGGCUGAGGUGGAGGCCAAGGCCGAGCUGCUGGAGAAAGAAGAGGACAGACGCAAGGCCCAGCUCUGAGCUGCCCAUGCUAUCACCAAGGGCUUGGAGAA